UCUCUCCCUCUCCUUCCCUCUCUAUUUCCAUCUUUGAGCUUUAUCCCUUCAUCCCUUAUCUCCUUCAUCCCCUCCAAUCCUCAUCUGUUCUUCGCCGUGGAGGAAGGGACAGAGAAAGAGAGAGUUUCUCACAAGUAAGCUGCUAUCAGUCUGCCGGGGGAGAGCGUCGGAGGAGCCAGGUUGUGCACCCUGGGAUUGUGGAAUCUAAAAAAGAGCCGGAGGUGUCUGGGACCAGGAGCUGCACAGUUGCAGAAGAAGAGAAGGACCCACGUUGUGUGUGGAAAAGAGUGACAGUUUUCUUCUUCCCGUCAGUAACAUCCCCUAGCAAACGUCGCCAUGGCAGCUGAGAAAGCUGAAAUGGAUGCCCUGAAAAAGGAGUGCGAUGGCCUCCGUACAAAGAUUGAGGCGGCCCGUAAGGCUGUGAAUGACGGCACCAUGGCAACAGCAGCAGGAGGGGCGUCCGAGGUGGGCCGAGUCCAGCUCAAGAAAAGGAAGGACCUCAAGGGUCACCUGGCUAAAAUCUAUUCGCUGCACUGGUCUACUGACAGCAAGACAAUGGUCAGUGCAUCACAGGAUGGCAAGCUUCUCGUCUGGGACUGCUACACAGGGAACAAGUUGGUUGCUGUCCCACUAAAGUCAGCUUGGGUGAUGAGCGUCGCCUUCGCCCCCUCCGGUAACCUGGUGGCCAGCGGCGGUCUGGAUAACAUGUGCACAGUGUACAACAUCAAGGCUGCCAGCCCCAAGACCCUCAGGGAGCUGGACGCACACACAGGUUACCUGUCUUGCGCUCGUUUCCUUAGCGACACUGAGAUCCUCACAGCCUCCGGCGACACCACCUGCUGUCUGUGGGACCUGGAGACUGGCAAGCAGAAGGUCAUCUUCACCAACCACAUUGGAGACUGCAUGUCGCUGGCUCUCUCCGCCGACAUGAACACCUUCAUCUCUGGAGCCUGUGACUCUCUGGCCAAGCUGUGGGACCUGAGGGAAGGGACCUGCAAGCAGACCUUCUCCGGACACAGCAGCGACAUCAAUGCCAUCAAUUAUAUGCCCAAUGGACAAUGCUUCAUCACAGGCUCCGACGACUGCUCCUGCAAGAUGUACGACAUUCGCUCCGACCAGGAGGUGGUGAACUACCAGGACUCCACCCUGAACUCGGGCGUCACGUCUGUAGCUCUGUCCAACUCAGGCCGCCUUAUCUUUGCCGGCUACGAUGACUUCAACUGCCACAUCUGGGACUCACUGAAGGGAGAGAAAGUUGGUGUGCUGUCCGGUCAUGACAACAGGGUGAGCUGCACCGGCGUCCCCGAUGACGGUAUGGGCGUCUGCACAGGAUCCUGGGACAGCUUCCUCAAACUGUGGAACUGAGGCAUCCCGGCGGAGGAAAACACCGGGCGAGGGAGAGGAGGAGGAGGAGAGGAAGAGGAGGAAAGGGGUGAAGAUAGAGAGAAAAAUAAACAAAUGAGGUCGGACCUCUCUUUCUCUCUCCCUCUCUACUUCUUCCUCGUUCACGUAUGCAAAACAUGAGAGGCUGCGAAUGAGACACAUUGUAUAAAUGGCAUCAGGGAAACAGCGCAUGAUGCAUCCCGUUGUAUGUACAAGAGAGUUUUAUUGUUGUCGGGAUGAUUUAAAACACUUUAAAAUAUAAAAAAAAAAAAUUAAAAAAUAGCACAUUAUUCAGAAUGAUUACCGAGCAGAAAAUAAGCUCUUAUUGAGAAUGUCAAUUAAACACAAAUAGAUUUUUGACAAUACAAAAAGAGAAAGAACACUUGAAUAUUGAAAAUAAGGCUGUAGGAUUACAGAUUUAUUUUUAUUGUCUUUGACCUGUAAAAGAGCCCUGCACUUAUAUAGAUGAAAGAUUGGCAUGUACAUUUAUUUGUAUUUUAUAGUUCUAACACAUUAGGAUGAAGAGUUGAUGUACAGCGUCUUUAUUUCUUCUUCAUUUUUUUUUCUGGGUCUGCACAUAUCUGUCUAGAGUGUAUGUGUAUGGUAAUAGAGAUGGCUGCCGCUGUUCCCCCCCCCCCCCCCGUCUCACCGUGAAAAUUCGACGACCCAGUACCCAGAUGAAUAAAGGCUAGAAGGUGGAGCCAGGCUGGCGGUCUGACCUGUAAAAACACACUCUGUACAGACCUGUAAACUUCAUUUUUCUCCCCUGGGUUCAGCUGCAUUUUGCACUCGUGCAGUUCCUCUGUAAAAAGACAAAAUGUUUGUUGAAAAUCUUUCUAAUAAACAUAGAUAUCUGCAUUAACACCA